CAUAAAAAAUCAAGUAAGACAUUUUGUUAUUUCAGGUUCCACGUGGGCUCCUUGGCAUUUGGUUCUUUGAUCCUCACCCUGGUGCAGAUAGUGAGGAUCAUUCUGGAGUACAUCGACCACAAAACAAGAUCGGCUCAGAAUCCGGUGGCUCGUUUCCUGAUGUGCUGCCUGAAGUGCUGCUUCUGGUGUCUGGAGAAGUUCAUCAAGUUUCUCAACAGGAACGCUUACAUUAUGAUUGCUGUUUAUGGGAAAAACUUCUGCGUCUCUGCCAAAAAUGCCUUCAAGCUGCUCAUGAGGAAUAUAAUAAGGGUGGUGGUGCUCGAUAAAGUGACGGACCUGCUGCUGUUCUUUGGGAAGCUCCUGGUGGUCGGAGGAGUGGCUGUGCUGUCCUUCUUUUUCUUCUCUGGACGAAUACUCCUGCCCGGCGACACCUUCCGCUCUGAAACACUCAACUACUACUGGAUGCCCAUUAUCACGGUGGUGUUUGGUAGCUACCUCAUAGCUCAUGGAUUCUUCAGUGUGUACAACAUGUGUGUUGAUACGCUCUUCCUCUGCUUCUUGGAAGAUCUGGAGCGUAACGAUGGGUCUCUGCAGAAGCCGUACUUUAUGUCCAAAAACCUCAUGAAGAUCCUCAGCAAAUCCAACAAAGCGCCGAAGAGAGGGAAAAAGGAAUGAAGACCUUUUGACCUGCAGAGUUCAUGAAUCCACACAAACAGUGAAUCACAGAUUUCAACAAUAUCUUUCUACACUUUACCGCUGCAUCGUUUACUCCCAGUUUACCGAAACUAAUCGGCUGAUUUUGCACUUUUUUUUAAUGAUUUUGUACAAUAUUUUUUGUAUGUGCAGAAGUAGUAUUAUUGACUGCUCACAUGAAAGGACUGAUCAUGUGAAGGCAGGUUAAUUUAGCUUUAAAUUCUCCAUAAUUAUUUCCAGGUCAUAUGACUCAAUGUUACAACAGGAAACACUCCAGACAUUUUAAAACUGAAA